ACAAGUUCCUAGUCGGGAAGGACGCUGGUAUUGAGGUUGGCAUACGUAUCAAGGACAGCAACUACCAUGGCAUCCGAAGUUUUGCCAAAAUCUCAGAUGCGUGGCCUUCUGGCCAAGCGCCUGCGAUUUCAUAUGGUUACAGCAUUCGUGCUAUCCCUGGGAGUUGCAGCUUUGUAUAAGUUUGGUGUGGCUGAUAAAAGAAAGAAGGCAUACGCAGAUUUCUACAGAAACUAUGAUGCCAUGAAAGAUUUUGAGGAGAUGAGGAAGGCUGGUAUCUUUCAGAGUGUAAAGUAAUCCUUGGAAUAUAAAGAAUUUCUUCAGGUUGAAUUACCGAGAAGUUUGUCACUGACUCCUGAACACAUGAAUAUGUGGGCUAAGAAAUAGUUCCUCUUGUUAAAUAAACAAUUAACAAAUA